GUAACGCACUGAAGGCGUGAGAGAAGUGCUGCGUUCAUUCAAUGCGCUGAAUUCAAUUCAAGUGAACUUUGUUCAAAACACAAAGCAGCUGAAAUGAUCGCAGGAGUGAAACGAGAAAGGGAUAUUGACGAAGACGACGAAGAAGAAGAGGUGCAGGUAAAAAUUGGCCGUUCUCAGGGUUGUGAAGACCGAAGAAGCCGGCAUUGUCCAUACCUGGACACAAUCAACAGGAGUGUUUUGGAUUUCGACUUUGAGAAGCUGUGUUCAAUCUCUCUCUCCCACAUUAACGUCUACGCCUGUCUCAUCUGUGGGAAAUAUUUCCAAGGUCGAGGUCAGAAGUCUCACGCGUACAUCCACAGUGUUCAGUUUACACACCAUGUUUUCCUGAAUCUUCACACACUCAAGUUCUACUGCUUGCCGGACAAUUAUGAGAUCAUUGACUCCUCAUUAGAGGAUAUUACGUAUGUGCUGAAACCCACAUUCACCAAACAGCACAUCUCUGGAUUGGAUAAGCAGGGAAAACUGUACAGAGCCUACGAUGGCACAACAUAUCUGCCUGGAAUUGUGGGGCUCAAUAAUAUCAAGGCCAAUGAUUAUGCUAAUGUAGUACUGCAGGCGCUGUCAAAUGUGCCGCCUCUAAGAAACUACUUCCUUGAGGAGGAGAACUACCGAGGAAUUCGUCGGCCUCCAGGUGACAUCAUGUUCCUGCUGGUGCAACGCUUUGGCGAGCUCAUGCGCAAGCUUUGGAACCCGCGCAACUUCAAAGCUCAUGUUUCGCCGCACGAAAUGUUGCAGGCUGUUGUGUUGUGCAGUAAGAAGAACUUUCAGAUCACCAAGCAAGGGGAUGCUGUAGACUUUCUCUCCUGGUUCCUGAAUGCAUUGCAUGGUGCCCUUGGUGGUACUAAGAAGAAAUCAUCUAUUGUCUCAAAGGUGUUUCAGGGGUCUAUGCGAAUUUUCUCGAAGAAACUUCCACAUCCAGAUUUGCCUGCAGAAGAGAAAGAAGCCCUUCUCUUGAAGGAGGAGUACCAGGAAGAGAUGUCCGAGUCCACCUUCCUGUACCUGACCCUGGACCUGCCCACCGCUCCUCUUUAUAAAGAUGAAAAAGAGCAGCUGAUCAUUCCUCAGGUUCCUCUCUUCAACAUCCUGGCCAAAUUCAACGGAAACACUGAGAAGGAAUACAAGACAUACAAAGAGAACUUUCUAAAAAGGUUCCAGCUCACCAAGCUUCCCCCGUAUCUUAUCUUCUGCAUCAAACGAUUCACGAAGAACAACUUCUUUGUCGAAAAGAACCCAACCAUUGUCAACUUUCCCAUCACGAAUGUUGAUUUGCGCGAGUACCUCACAGAAGAGGCACAAGCUACUGAGAAGAUCACAACUUAUGACCUGGUGGCAAAUGUUGUUCACGAUGGCAAACCAUCCGAAGGUUCAUAUAGAAUUCAUGUUCUGCAUCAUGGUACAGGGAAGUGGUAUGAACUUCAGGACCUGCAGGUGAUUGAUAUCCUUCCGCAGAUGAUCACACUUUCAGAAGCAUACAUACAGGUUUGCAUCUUGUUACUUUCAUUAUCAUUUAACCUUGUCAUUCAACGCAUGAUGAAGUUGGUGUUAAAACAGAAAUGCACAUGAAAUUGUACAAUGGGUUGAGAACAAAAAUACAAUUUUUGGCCUUUGUUGGUAGAACCUUGACUCAACUUUGAUCAGCUGUUGUUGUUGUAGUUUUCCUCUUAGUUUAGCAUUUUAAAAUGUUGGUCAUGCAGAAACAAUAGCAAUAACACCCCUAUUUCAACUGCCUCACAGAAUUUAGCUAGAAAAUGUUCCAAAACAGCUUUGUCCAUGGAUAAUGCACAUUUAUCUUAUAUAGUAAAAAUUGUUUAUGAUUGCUAUUAUUAAAUUAUGUUUAUGCGCAUUACAUCAGCCAUUGGCCAGUUCACUGUCUGUAUGUUAGAUUGGCCAGUGAAAAAUCUUGUGGAUCAACGUGGCUUUAAAAAUGAUGGCUACAUAGUUUUGAAAGUAUGUGGAGUAGUAUUACAAUAGAAUCGUGUCAGUAUCAGUAUCCAGCCUUAUUUCAUCGAAAUAUUUCUUUUUGCAGAUUUGGAAGAGACAAGAUAAAGAAGAUGGUGCGAAAAGCCAUACAGGGGCAUAAGACACUCAAGACUUCAGCAUCGCAAAAUGUAGGAUGUAUCACUCCUGUAUUGGAUUCAGUCCUGAACUCUUGAGUACUCUGCACUAGAACCCAUCUCAGCUUCAAGAACACAGUAAUGAAGUGAAAAAGAUGCAAUGAGAAAAGACUUGGACUGAAAUCUGCUUCCAGAUGCGUCUAUUUCAUGUUAUUCUGUGCUGAUGUAUCUGCAGUUCAUCGUAAUGUCUGUAUUCUUCAGGAAAGUCACAAUUUAAAUUCCGGAAAAUUGCUUUAGUUUGGCUGUGGUUGUAAUAUGAAAUUUUUAUUAAACUUUCAAGACUACA